ACACACGUAUACUACACUCACACUUCGGUUUCAUGUUUAACGUGAUGUUAACGGCAGAGGCAGACUACCAUACUGUGAGUCAGCGUAGCUGUUAAUGUUCAAACUCACCGGCUGUCAAAAAAAGCUGGCGAGCGGGGGUUGAUUCACGGCAGUUAGACAGUGCGGGAAAUUAACGUUAACGCAACCGCCCCCUUGCUCAACGGAUUUUACAACGGCUGUUUUUCGGCUGUUUUUUACCCACAGUCAUGUGAUUGUAACGUAAAACCCCUAACCGGAAAACAACGACGGACGACCCUCUCCGCCGCCAACGAAUGCUGCGUUUGCAAGGAACAGUAGAAGCCGCUGCGAGCCCAGAGAGGACGGACGAGUCCCCGGUAACAAACAAACAACGGUGACACGGCAAACUCCACGGAUUUAAGCGGAGUGCAGGUUGAAGAAUGGAGUUGGCCAACCAUGGUCUUAUCCUGCUGCAGCAGCUUAACGCUCAGAGGGAGUUUGGCUUCCUGUGCGACUGCACUGUGGCUAUAGGAGAUGUCUUUUUCAAAGCCCACAAAGCUGUCCUCGCUGCCUUCUCCAACUACUUCAGAAUGCUCUUCAUUCAUCAGGACAGUGACUGUGUGCGCCUGAAGGCCGCUGACAUACAGCCAGACAUCUUCAGCUACCUCCUCAACCUGAUGUACACAGGCAAGCUUGCACCCCAGCUGAUAGACCCUGCACGGCUGGAGCAGGGGGUCCGAUUCCUGCAUGCCUAUCCACUCUUGCAGGAAGCCAGCCAGUCUGUGUAUUCACACUCUGAGCAGCACAGCAUCAACCUUUCCACCUCCCUCUACGGCAUCCAGAUCUCUGACCAACAGGUAGGGCUAUCGGCUAGAUUGCCCACUCGACGGCAGCUCUCCUCACCUUUUGACAUGGAGCAGCUGAGCUCAGAGGGGAAGUUUCCGUCCAUGCCAGUCGCCACAGCUUCCUACGCAAAUUCCUUACUGUCCAAGCUAACUUCCUCACCCCAAGACAUGGAGGCCUCAACCAGUGGCACCAAGCCUGCAGUUGAGGAGGGGGGAAUGGACUUGCUAAGUGCAGAUGGUUCCACAAUCAGUGCCAUCCUCCAUGUAAAGCCCAGCAUCAUGAAGAGGAGUUCCUCCUUCAGGAAGCAUUACUCCUGUCACCUGUGCAGGAGUCGAUUCAAUCAGAGAAGCCUGCUGAGAGAACAUCUCUUCCAACACACCCAGGCUCUAAAGCAGGCGCCAGCAGAGCCCAGCAAUGCACUCUCACCUGUCAGGACCAGAGAACAAAGCAUGCUAGAGUUAGAGGGGGUCCUGAAGGGAUGCAAGUCAGGGUCGAGUGCCUCGGCUGCCACUACAGCAGUAGAGAUAAUCAGCGACAACGAGCAAACGCCUGUUUCAGGUACCAACUCAGACUCUCCCCGAGCAGAGGUGUCCACGUCCAGCUGGGGGGUGGGAGGAUUAAAUUCUCAGGCAGACACACCACCCCCGUCAGACAUUGCGGACAUCGACAACCUGGAGAGUGCCGACUUGGACAGGGAAGUCAAGCGGCGGAAGUACGAGUGUUCCACCUGCGGCCGGAAGUUUAUUCAAAAGAGCCACUGGCGCGAACAUAUGUACAUCCACACGGGCAAGCCCUUUAAAUGCAGCGCGUGUGGGAAGAGCUUCUGCCGAGCCAACCAGGCAGCCCGCCACGUGUGCCUGAACCAGGGGGUCGACUCCUACACCAUGGUGGACCGUCAGAGCAUGGAGCUGUGCGCUGCAGGCGACGACAGCAGCCAGAUGGAGGCGAUGUUCUUGGGUUCGUCAAAGCCUUAUAAGUGUAACAUUUGUGCGACCACCUUCUCCAGUCCUAAUGAGGUGAUCAAACACUUGUGCUUUACUCAAGGGGGAUUAGUGGGGCUGCAGGGAAACGCAGGCGCAGGGAUGCUGCUCCAGCGUGAAGAGUUCUCCAAAGAUGAAGGCUCUGAUUUGUCCAACUCUGGCACGCCACUAGAACCCAUAAAGACUGAGGAAAUCCUUGUAGAGUAGUGCCAAAAUUGUGUAUUUGUUCUUUUAAACAUGUACGUUUACUUUCUAAAUUAUGGUUAAUAGGUAAGCUAAAGGUGAAGUUAGUCAGGGUAUGCAUGUUUAAGGUCUUUUUCUUUCUUUUUUGGCCUUGAGUAUGACAACAGUGGAGAACAGUCGGACAUCAUUAGAAAAGCAAAUAUCAACAUUUGACUCGAGGCUAAGUUAAAUACCAAUGAGGGAGAUAAAGUAACUAUUACAUUGUUACGUCUCAUCAUUUUAUUGUUCGUGUAAAUUGGUAUUAAACUCUCAUAUGUCAGGUUGUUGCACAUAGAUUUUUCUUAACAGCUAAAGUUGUGGUAAGGCUGCACAGGCAGACUUUGAGUAUAAGAGGAAAGGGAAGCUGAGACAGUUCCGGAGACAGCAUGUUGUGAGAGGAGUUUUCUGUACUAGAUGUUUGGAGGAGAAAGAGUUACUACUAACAAUCCCUCUGGAGCUGCACAGAAGAGUUGUGUCUUCAUGGUCAUAAAUAAAAGGUUUAUUCUGCAGAUCAGGUAUGAAUUAUAAUUCCAGUUUAAAGCACACAAGAUAUUCAGACCUGAGACAAUCUGUGCUCUUUUUUUGAGUAGAUGCCCAAUAUGCAGGAAAGUACAUUUGUCUUCCAUAAUGCAAUGUUUUGGUUGGCUGUUUGGCUCAGCAAAAUUAAUAACUUGAAAUGUAAAGAAAUGACCAUUAUAUGCAUCCUUCUCAGCAACCAGUUUUACACUUUUUUUUUUGUUGACUGCUGAGUGUGAAUAUGUUUCCAAUGUCAUUACACCUAAUUAAAGCACAAUCGCUCGUCAUAAUAAGAGUUUGGCUACUGAAAAUUGGUCACAACAAGCUAGAGGAUUCAGUGUGUUUACAGUUGAGCCACUUCUUUUUUACUUUCUCAUUUUAACUUAUGUUGUAUGACUGUUUGGUUACUGAUUGAAGAAGCAACAUGUUCCAUUCAGACUCGCAUACCUUGAUGGGAAGCUGUUCUUGUUUUCAUAUAAUUUGCUUCACUCUACGGUUUUUUGUUUUUUUACAUGCAUUUCUAAUUCUAUAUACAAUGCUAUAUUUACAAAGAUUACUUUAUAUUGCAAAGAUUAUAUUAUUAGACAAAUAGCUUUCAAAAAUAGGAUUACAUUUGGUUUAGCAAAAGUAUGUAUUAGGGAUGGGCAUGAUACGUGUAUGGUUUAAUUUCUUCAAGAAAUAGGUUUGAAUUAAAAAGAUUAUUUGGGAUUUUAAGUUUUAGGUGCCAAAUUUGUGCCAAUUGCAAAGCUUCUAAUUCAUUUUGUGCAAAGGGAAACAUAUUCUAUAUAUUGUUAAGACCUUCUGACAUCUGUGUUCUUUAGGAAAUCAGAAAAAGAAGUAGUUGCAACAGUAGUCCUUUUUUAUAGAAAGAAUAUGCAGAAGAACAUGUUGUAGUGUAAAUGAUGCAGAGGUAGAGUUUGAAUGCUCCACCUGUUGGUAGCUUUAAUAAGAAAUAUGAAAUGACAGGGUGAUAUCUCUAAAUACUUGACUGCCUGGAUACAUAUAUGUAAUGGAAUAUAUAAUAUGCUAUUAGUUAUAACUUACAAGAACAUCAAUUAUUUGUGAUAACACAAACUUUCUAACUACUGAUGACUGGAAAUUAUGCAAAACUCUUUACAUACAUGUCCAGUUAAUGUGAUUCAUGGUGAAACAUGUCACGUGCAAAAGAAGCACAAGUAGCAUAAUACAGGUAGUUUAGAAACAAAAUUCUCAAAUAGGCCCCUUUCAGGCUGAGAUAGUCAAGUUUAUGCAAAUUUAGAAAACAUCAGUGUCUUCAGUUUUUUAUUUUUUUAUACUUACACAUUUUAAUGAUAUUUUAGGGAGACAUGUAAAACUGUCUUAAUUUUGUAAUUGAUUCUUUUAGUGGGAAAUAAAUGUUUCAUUGUAUUGCUAUUGCAACAACAUUGGCUGUUUUUCCUGCAAAAAUAAUCAACCCAUAAGGCUGCAAAAUCCAAAAAAUGACAAGAUUAACAUUUAAACAUUUGUCCUCCACAGCAGCGAUAGCUGGUCAUCUGAGAGAACAAUCUAACAAUUCAGAAGACUUAUGAUAAUAUAAUUUGCAAUAUUAUUUUAAAGCAGAGUUGUUAAUUAAGCCUCACAGAAGCUCAUUCAUGUGUAUUUUGUAUAAUAAGUAUUUUUAAAUGUGUCUUUUUUUUGGAUUCAUUGACUUAAUUUUGUGAAAAUAUUAAAGAUGCCCAUCCUUAGUAUGUUUAAUAUGUGUAGUUUUUUUUCUUCUUUUGUGCCAAUUUCCACCAUCCUCAAGUACAGGUAUUUGACAGUGAGGAUGAAGCCCAGUUCCAAUUCAGUUUAAGUGGGAUUUCUUGUACUUUUAAAUUCCACUAUAUUAAGUAUUGAAUCGCAGUUACUGCUUUGAUACAAUGAGGCCUGCGUUAAGCUAGGUGGAGCUGUUUGGUCUACUCAGGUCUAGUGAGGCUGUCAAAUUUGAAGUAAUAUCUUUCCUAGUGUUUUUGUGUUGUGGUUACCAAUCAUAUGACCAUCUUUGCCAUUAAUCAAUAUCCCUUCACAUAAAAAAAACAACAAAUGUCUGUGAAUGUAAUCUUACGAGUGUUUAGUGUUGACAAACUUCUUGUUUGUAUCUUUAGUCAAGCUUGUUUUGUUGAGGCAACUGAACCGCUGUACUACUGACAUUCAUUUCUCAGAGCUCAAUUGAGUCUCAUAAAUUAGUACAUAUUUAUGAAGUCCUAAUCCUUGUAUGUGUUCUUUUGCCACACCAGUCUUGUAAUUUAAUGGUUUGUGUAUGUGAGUUGAAACAUCUCAGUAUCUCAGGGAGAUGAGAAGUUUGACAUUUGUCUUUUCUAACCAAACAAUAAUUUCAAACCCAUGAUCGUACUCCUUAUUGCCCAACUGACAUCUACUGUGAUCAAUUUGUGUUCUCAGGAAUGUGAGUUAUUUUCUGUAUACAACUUUGUUUAGUUUUUUUGAAUGAAGAAUGAACAAUAAAAACAUGUCUUUUUUAUAGUUA